AUGAACGGCGAUAAAAAACUCGGAGAACGCUUCCACAAAAGUGAAAUGGAGCCCUCUCUCGAUCCCCGACUCGGGAAUCAUGACCACGAACAUAUAAAUACCAUCCAGAACGAUACUCUUCUUGAAAAUGACGAAAACUUUGUCAACACACCUCCGUCAUACAUCGACUCUACAUGGGCACAGACCAUGUUUAUGGGUCCCAACGACAUGUACAACGUCAAUUAUACGGAAACCGGAGACCCACGAAACGAAACGUAUAACCAAAACCCACACAACCCACACAACACACAAAACCCAACAAUCUCCACACAUUUAAACACCAACCUUCAUGAUAACAGCCACAUAACCCGCCCUCGACGUCCGUGUGACCACUGCCGCAAGAAGAAAACAAAGUGUGUCAUCGUGCCCAAUACUUCUGUUUGCGUGCAAUGUGAAGCCAAGUCCAUCCCAUGUACGUUUAUCGGACUGGCACCCAAAAGGAAACUAAACGAAGAAGAAGAAGCCCGUAAACGUUCGAGAAAGAACAAACUGUCGGUGGUAUCUCCACACUCCGGUGGACUGGCAGAAAUCGUCCCUCCCAACGUUCCAAUCCGUGAAACCGCUCCCGUCCACGACUACUCUCGCAUCAAUAAUUCUCUCUUGAAGAAAACCCUCUCGUUACAAUUUCCUCGCUCGAGUUUCUACGUGGGACCUACAUCGUUCAUGUUCGAUACUAAUCUCCUCAAUCUUAUCAUUGGGUCGCAAAACAAGGACAAUUCCAAAUCCGCCAAAGUGGAACAAAUUAACUUGAGCGACACUAUGUCGCUUCGAAAAGUGAGCGAAAAGGCCCAAUUUGUUCUUCGUGAUGACCAGUCUCCCCAAUCGUACCAAACAAUGUCAAACGAUGUCGACACAAUAGAAAAGUUUGUUGCACCCCAUGGGCAGAUCUUGAUAGACCUCUAUUUCCGGAUUAUUCAUCCUUCGUACCCCAUUCUCCACAAAAAAGUGUUCUUGGAAAAAUACUCACGAACCCAUCGAGAGUUCAGUGCUCCGCUCCUAGCGGCCGUUUAUGUUCUCGCAAUCCAGUGGUGGGACUAUGACCCUCUGCUUAAUCUGUUCCCUAAGCCAAGCACCGACACCAUCUUGAAAAUUGGAAUGAGUAACUAUCUCUUUGAGAUCUUGAAGCGUCCGAAGUUGAGUGCGGUCCAGGCGGGUCUUUUGCUUCUACAAUGCCGCCAUGUUGUGCUGAGACCCGGCGAAGAGCCCAAUAAAGCGUUUGGCACCAUCGGCGAUACCGGCUGCAAUGAGUGGGUACUUUGCUGUCAGGUGGUAGCUAUAGCUGAGGAGUUGGGUCUUGGGCUCAACUGUAAUAACUGGAAGUUGCCAAAGUGGGAGAGAGGUCUUCGGAAGCGGUUGGCAUGGGCCGUAUACAUGGAAGAUAAAUGGCUUUCAUUGAAACACUCACGGCCGUCGCAUAUCCAUCCCCAUAAUUGGGUAGUGGUUCCUUUGAUCGAAGAGGAUUUUCCAGAAAAACAUGGCGAUGGAGACUUGAAAGAAGGCUCCUCCGAUAUCGAUAACGGGAAAAAGAUCUUCAUGUCCCUCAUAAACCUCUCGCAGAUUCUUUCUCAAAUUCUUGAUGAAUUUUACUGUAUGACUGCCAUGCAAGAGAUAAAAGAAGUCACCCAGGUGCUUCUGAGAGCCAAGCCACUUCAACUUCAACUUCGAAACUGGUACCAUUCACUACCUAAUGAACUUCAAAUGAACACUGUACAACCAAGGAAACUUUCGUCCAAUGGAUAUUUGCAGCUUGCCUACUUUGCCGCAGAAUUGACGUUGCAUAGGAAAAUUCUCACCAUAAUUUACCAGCAAGAAUCCGAAGGAAACCCUGCAUCGCCUGAGUUGGUACAAGUUUGUCGAACUGCCGCUCGUACUAGGUUGAUGGCAUCGAUCGAGUUUGUCAGAGACUUAAAACCAGAGCAUAUACAUUCGUUUUGGCACUCUUCAUCGGCACUGAGCUUGACAUUAAUCGGAAUAUUUGCAGCCUUACUUUUCAUGUCUAGCUCGGGGCAAGAAGAGGCAGACUUCUAUCGCGACCUGAUUUUCAAUUAUCGAUGGAUUUUGAAGAUCUCAUCAAAGAGUUUUGAGCAGGCAUCAGAUGCUCUUCAGCACUUGGAUUUGGUUUUGCAACAUGUUCCAGGUUUAUUGACCGACAAUGCCGAUCUUCCAAUGGUGGUACCUAUUGUGGGUGAUAAGCAACCGUCGUUCAACAAUAGUAACGUCAAUACGGAUUCCGAGUCGUUGUCAUCUUUUUCUCAGGGUAAUUCUCAACCAUAUCCAAUGAACCAGAGUCAAGAGUCUGCCUCUCGUGGUGGGCUGUAUGUGGUUAACUCGCCUCAAUCUUCGCAGAGCCUUUCACCCAAAGACUUUACUAAAUCUGCUACCAGGAUCAACUCAGAUGGCUCUGGGGGCCAUUCCCCCAUCAAAACAAAUUACCGAGGACCGAAGCAGGAAAAUAUAAUCAAGUCCCCAGAAACACAAUACACUCCUUCGGGUCUUCUGAAUCACAUAGAGACCAGAGAAGGGAGCGAAGUUGGCUAA